AUGCUCGACAAAUUUGGACUUAAAGAUUCGGCAGCGGUCAGAGUACCAAUAAGUGGAGAAGACGGAUACGAAGAAAUAACCCUGCUACCGUCUGGUGGCAGUGGCUCGCCACAGAGACCGACUGUACAGACGUUUCAGUCGCUGGUGGGCAGUCUGCUGUGGAUCGCCCGAUGCACACGCCCAGACAUUGCGUUUGCUGUACACCGAGUGACGCGGCGUUCGCACGCGCCAACUGAAGGCGAUUGGCGUUUGGCAAAGAAGAUAGCCAAGUAUCUGAAGGGCACAAAGGGACUCAAGUUCAUAAUGCACGAAAAAAAGGACGCAAUCAAGGACGAUGGCGUGCUGGUCGAAGCUUACAGUGACGCAGACUACGCCGCAGAUAAAACUGACCGGAAGUCAGUCAGCGGUGGUGUGCUGAUGGUGGCCGGAAUGGUGGUGGGAUGGCUAUGCAAGAAGCAGAAGUGUGUCGCCUUAUCAACGAUGGAAGCCGAGUUUGUGGCGGCUUCACAAACCGCUGCUGAAAUGAUGGGUAUCAUUGAACUGCUUAAGGAGAUUGGCGUGUCGGUUCAGCCUGAUUCAACGUUACAUGUUGACAAUCAAGCAGCCAUCGCUCAAAUCAAGGGCGAGGACACGUCUGGUCGAGCAAAGCACAUUGAUGUGCGAUUGAAGUUCGUAAAGGAUUUGGAAACAAAGAAGAUGCUAAAGGUGCAGUACUGCGAAUCCAAGGGUAUGCGCGCGGACAUACUGACCAAGACCCUCCCAGCGCCGCGACUUAGUCAGCUUCGCGGACUUGUGAUGCUUUCAGGGUAA